UUCUAAUUGUUCUAAUUUAAUUUUUCUUUUUUUUUUUUUAAAGAUUUAUUUAUUGUAUAUGAGUACACUGUAGCUGUCUUCAGACACACCAGAAGAGGGCAUCGAAUCUCAUUACAGAUGGUUGUGAGCCACCAUGUGGUUGCUGGGAUUUGAACUCAGGACCUCAGGAAGAGCAGUCGGUGCUCUUAACCACUGAGCCAUCUCUCCAGCCCUAAUUUAAUUUUUCUAAUCGUUAGGUAUUAUACUCUUGUUUUUUUAAAAUAUUUAUUAUGUGUAAUAGUGAUUUUGCCUAGAUGUAUAUAAAUGUGGCAGUGCACACCUUUAAUCCCAGCACUCAGGAGGCAGAGGCAGGCGGAUCUCUGAAUUGGAGGCCAGCCUGAUCUACAGAGUGAGUUCCAGGACAGCCAGGGCUACACAGAAAAACCCUCCCUCUAAACAAAACUAAACAGAAACCAAAACUAGCUUGCUGAACCACUGAACGCACACAGGAAAAGUGAUUAUGUAUCGAGUGAAACACUGAAACGUUGGGGGCUACAGACGCAGCUCAGUGGUUGAACCUUCUUACCUAAGACCCAAGUUCAACUUCCAGUCAGGCGGCUCAUACUUGGCUAUAACACCAGCUUCAAGAGGCCAGGCCCUUGAAAACAGCAAGAGGAGGCUUACCUUGGACCCAAGGCCAGGCUGAGUAUCAUGAGUUCCAGGCCAGAUAGGAGUACAUAGUGAGACCCUGGGUGGUGAUUUGAAUGGGAAACGUCCCUCUCAGGCUUUGGAACACUUGGCCCCCAGUUGGUGACAUCAUUUUGGGAGGUUUGGGUGGUAUGGUCUUGCUGGAAGCCAGGGUCUUGCUGGAGGCCAGGCUUUGAGAUAAAAACCCACGACCACCACUCACUGCAUGAGGUUGAGACACCAGGCAGACCUCUGUCAGCUGGAAACGCCUAAACACAGGAACGAUGCCGGACUCCGGAGGAGAGAGGGGGCCCUGCUCCCAAAGGCAGCUGCCCACUCUAGAUCCCAGCUCUGAGGGACUCUGAUCCCCACUGAGCCCUUCUGUGCCUCUCAUUUUCUCCUCUGCAGAAUGCAAUGCUAACAGAACUCAGAGGUGUUCGGAGAACCCAGUGCAGGGCGGAAGAGGGCACCAGGGCUGAGACAAGCAUGGUGUCUCCCUCUGUAUCCACAGCUAUAAAAACAGGUAAUUGACAACAACCAGGAAGCAGUUGGAGUCAUGACUCUAGAGGCUAGAAAAUCCAGGAGGGACGGACCACCACCUAGCCAGGAAGCCAUCUCACUGAGCCAUGAGGAAGGAGGGCAGGAGCCACAGCUGGAGGGCAGGGGCAACUUCAUUCUGGACAAUCAGUCCACCCUGGAAACGAGGACGUGGAGCUCUCAAUGAGGGAGGACCCAUGGCGCGUGGCAAAGAUGGUCAAGUCGUACCUGCAGCAACACAACAUCCCCCAGCGGGAGGUGGUGGACACUACGGGUCUCAACCAGUCCCACCUGUCCCAGCACCUCAACAAGGGCACCCCCAUGAAGACGCAGAAGCGGGCCGCGCUGUACACCUGGUACGUCCGCAAGCAGCGAGAGGUGGCUCAGCAAUUCACCCACGCGGGGCAGGGCGGACUGAUUGAAGAGCCCACAGGUGAUGAGCUGCCAACCAAAAAGGGGCGGAGGAACCGGUUCAAGUGGGGCCCCGCAUCCCAGCAGAUCCUGUUCCAGGCUUACGAGAGGCAGAAGAACCCCAGCAAGGAAGAGCGAGAGACCUUGGUGGAGGAGUGCAAUAGGGCGGAGUGCAUCCAGAGAGGGGUGUCACCAUCGCAGGCCCAGGGGCUAGGCUCCAACCUUGUCACCGAGGUGCGUGUCUACAACUGGUUUGCCAACCGGCGCAAGGAAGAAGCCUUUCGGCAUAAGCUGGCCAUGGACACGUAUAACGGGCCUCCACCCGGGCCAGGCCCCGGCCCUGCGCUACCUGCCCACAGUUCCCCGGGCCUGCCCACAACCACCCUCUCUCCCAGUAAGGUCCACGGUGUGCGGUAUGGACAGUCUGCAACCAGCGAGGCAGCUGAGGUGCCCUCCAGCAGCGGAGGUCCCUUAGUCACAGUGUCUGCGGCCUUACACCAAGUGUCCCCCACAGGCUUGGAGCCCAGCAGCCUGCUGAGCACCGAGGCCAAGCUGGUCUCAGCCACGGGGGGUCCCCUGCCUCCCGUCAGCACCCUGACAGCACUGCACAGCUUGGAGCAGACGUCUCCAGGUCUCAACCAGCAGCCGCAGAACCUUAUCAUGGCCUCGCUGCCUGGGGUCAUGACCAUCGGCCCAGGGGAGCCCGCCUCCCUGGGUCCCACGUUCACUAACACGGGUGCCUCUACCCUGGUCAUUGGUCUGGCCUCCACACAGGCACAGAGCGUGCCAGUCAUCAACAGCAUGGGGAGCAGCCUGACCACCCUGCAGCCGGUCCAGUUUUCCCAGCCACUGCACCCUUCCUAUCAGCAGCCUCUCAUGCCCCCUGUACAGAGCCACGUGGCCCAGAGUCCCUUCAUGGCAACCAUGGCCCAGCUGCAGAGCCCCCACGCCCUGUACAGCCACAAGCCUGAGGUGGCCCAGUACACGCAUACAAGCCUGCUUCCGCAGACCAUGCUGAUCACAGACACCAACCUCAGCACCCUUGCCAGCCUCACGCCCACCAAGCAGGUCUUCACCUCAGACACAGAGGCCUCCAGUGAGCCUGGGCUUCAUGAGCCGUCGUCUCCAGCCACAACCAUUCACAUCCCCAGCCAGGACCCGUCAAACAUCCAGCACCUGCAGCCUGCUCACCGGCUCAGCACCAGUCCCACAGUGUCCUCCAGCAGCCUGGUGUUGUACCAGAGUUCUGACUCCAACGGGCACAGCCACCUGCUGCCAUCCAACCACGGUGUCAUCGAGACUUUUAUCUCCACCCAGAUGGCCUCCUCCUCCCAGUAACCAUGGUGACUGCCUCCCAGGAGCUGGGCUCCCAGAGCCUGCACAGGGGGAGAGGAGGGCCACAGCCAUGCUGCCUGGAGGGUGUUGGAGCCUGCCACCUGCCACAGGCUGCUGGCCUUCCCAGAACUCUAUGCCUUCAUGCUGCAGCUGCUCCUCCAUCAUCAGAAAGGGAUGGCUCUGAGGUGUCUCCUCAGCCUGAGGGGCAAGCCUCAAGGAGCCGGAGGACAGCCCAAUCUGGACCGCCAUCCCUGCUGGUUAGAAUAGAAAACUUAAUGCUUGGAACAGAAGGGGGAAGCCUGUAUUGCUGGCACCCUCCAGUCAGAGCUUGCAGGCCCUGAAGGAUCUCUGCUGAGCUCGGAGGCCCUACAUCAACAUGGCUGCCAUCUGUCUCCUGUGCCUCCCAGGCCACUCCACCCUGCGCCAGAGACCCAUGUGCCUCUUGGUGGGUUACCCUCCCUCCACAGGAUCUUCCAGGCAGUUCUCUGGCUAGGCUUGGGAGCCUAGGGAGCAGGGCUCUCCUAGGCUUUCCCCUACUAAGUCGCUCUUCCUCCCGGCCCCAGGACCUCAUUUGUUUCCGUGACCGUAUCUUCUGAUGCCAGCUUGGCAUCUUGCCUGCACUAGAAAGGCUGCUUCAGGGCUAAGAUUGUCACCCUUGUUCCUUAGGGCACGUAACUCAUGCCAAGGUCACAUCCUAGGCAAUCACCUCCUCUGGCUGCAGGGCCCUACAACUUCCUUCCUGGUGUGAGAGACGUGUAGAACUCGGAAGACAAGGCCUGAGCAAUGUCUAGUGGAGAGAGUGCUGAGACCAGCAGAGAGAAGCCACCCAAGGGGCUAGGGGCUGGCAGCUAUUCUGAUCUCUGGCCUGCUGCAGAGAGCCUGGCCCUCAGUGGGCUCCCCCCUCAGCCUGGAAAGAGCCAGCGCCCCCUGCAGCCUACGGCCGGUCAUGGGCAAGCCUAGAUGUUUAUUUAACUUUUAGUAAAGCCAGUAAGAAGUGUGUAGUAGCUUCCUGAUUACCUAGGCAUCUGUGGCCAGGAGGGACGGUGGAGGGAAGGCAGAGGGAAGCAGGGUGAAGGCAGGGGCCUGAGCUGUCGGCAGGCUCAUGGGAUAUGUGUUUACACAUCUUUUUGUUCAACUGGAAAUGAGGUGAGGUGACUGCCUGGAUUUCUGUGUCCUCCUCGGUACUGCAAGAAACCCACCCAGUCCAGGUGUGGUGCCAUUCCCAGAGUCUUAAGCUGGGGUGACAAAGCGUAUCCGGGGUGUGGGUGGAAGGAUCCCACUGUGGUUUUAUGAGACGUCCCCCUAACAUUGAGCACAGAGGAUGUGCCUCGGUGGCACAAUGCCUGCCUGGUAAGUGUAAAGCCACGGGUUUGAUCCCCGGCACUCAAACAACAACGCACUGACAGCUCCUUGUAACUACGCAGGAGGCAAACCAGGAGACUGGCCAGGUUGAGCUACAGAGACACAGACAAACAAUAAACAAAAAGGGUUGGUACUGACCAGGACACAGUACUAGUCUGGGUCACCUGAUAAUUUAUUUCCCUUUUUCUCUUUCCUUCCACUAAGUAGGUGCUCAGUGCUCUGGCACCUGGUUUUCAGAGAGUGAAAUGGUUUACCUGUGUUAUUAACAAAUUAACACGUUACACACAAAUGUGGGGGAGAAGGAGGUGGGGGAUAUCUUUCCUUCUCUUCCAGACAAUGCUAUUAAGUCUGUAUGGGUUGGGGGGGAGGUACAGAAGUUUUCUGGGGCCUCAGUAGCUUGAAGACCCCUCCCCAUCAUUCUCGAAGACAACUGUCAUCCGAGGCUGCACAGGUCGGGAAGAUGGAUGCUGUGAGAUUCAGUCUCAAAAGCUGGAAGAGUCGUACUUCCUGAGGCGAUGGAAUGUUCUGGAACCACAAGUCCAUUCCAGCCUUGCACAGACUUCCCCCCCAUAUACCCACUCCUUUGCUUGCACUCUUGGGCAAGCCCAACUAAAGUCACCUGCGGGCAGUCAGUGCGGGAAGCUGGAAACGGAGUGUGGCUUGGCUCUGCCCUAACCCCCUGGGUUAGUAUCCUCAGAGCUGGUGACCUCAGGACCUACCUACAGCCUGCAGUCAGUUCUUAGGCUCAGCCGCUGCACACUCUGCUGGUGGGCACAGGGAAGCCUCUCUAGCUUUCUUGGCCUUUUUCUUCUUUUUCUUUUUGGUCCCAGACAACACUGGGUCC